GUGUGUGUGUGUGUGUGUGUGAUGUUGCGAAGGAAAAUUCCUAGUUGAGCCUGGAAUGGAGAUCCCGGGCAUGGCAGUGGCAACAGACAUCCUGGCGAUGGGACUGGGAGGGCUGGGCUUUUUGCUUCUUGUUCUGGGCGCCGGAGCAGAUUGCUGGAGGCAAGAUGCCAAGGACCCCCUGUCUUCGGUGGGGCUGAGUGCCCGGUGCCGGGGGUUGUGGAGCGAGUGUGUGUUUGAUAACGUCGCUGACCUCUGGACCUGUGACAUCCCGAUCUCCUAUCUCAGCGAGCAUCCACCUGUUCUCGUGGUCACUCGGGUCUUGGUGAUCCUCUCUGCCUUUCUGACUCUUUCUGCCACACCUCCCUUCAUUGCUGGCAUGAAAUGUACCAAGCUAAUGCACGGCAGAGUCCUUCAGAAACAGAAGUUCUCCCUGGCUGCUGGGAUCCUGCUCCUCUUAGGAGGGCUCUCUGGAGCGGUUGCUUCACUGUGGUACGGCAUCGACACCGUUCAAAAGUAUAAGCUUGAGGUCAGCUUGGGCAUCCCUGGCGUGACUUACGAGCUUGGCUAUUCCUAUUGGAUGGCUGCCGCGGGCGCCGCUUGCACCACUUCCGGUGGUGCCUUACUGAUCACCGCCGACUGCCUUGAUGCCCAGGCGCCGAAGAGAAAGCAGAACCUUCUCUGCAGCCCACUGACCUCCAAAGGGCCGCAAACCUACCUAUGAAGAAGGAGCCCAGCCCUCUCUCUGCUGACAAACCAACCCCUGGCUUUCUAGCAAAUGUCGUUUGUAAAGGGUGCUGGGGAUUAUAGCUCUGCAAGGGGGGAAACUACAGUUCCUGGGCUUCUCUGGUGGAAGCCAUAUGCUUUAAAUGCCACGUGCUUUAAAAGCUAUAUGAUUUAAAUAGUUGAAGCGGGUGCAACCAUAAAGCAAGAUUCCAAUUAAACCAGAAGCAGCUGG